AUGGACCGAAAGCGAAACAUUGUCAUCGUCGGCGGCGGCAUCAUCGGUUGCACAACGGCCUACUAUCUUACCCGCCACCCCAAGUUUAAUCCGGCCCUCCACACCGUCACCUUGCUCGAGGCCGCCUCGGGCGUGGCAGCCGGCGCGUCGGGCAGAGCCGGCGGCCUGCUGGCCCUCUGGGCGUAUCCCGCCUGCCUGGUCCCGCUCUCGUACAAACUGCAUGCCGAAUUGGCCGCCGAGCACGACGGAGCCGGGAAAUGGGGCUAUCGGAAGCUCACUUGCGGCAGCUUGCAGGCCACCGUCUCGACGCAAAGAAUCGCCGAGCUGCAAAGGUCCGGGGAAGACGCCAGGGCCUGGCAGAAGCUGCCCAAGCUGGACACCGCCGCCGAAGACCUGCUGGAGCCUGGGGCUCUGCCCAGAGACUUGGACUGGGUCGACCGAGACUCAGUCGCCCAGUGGGCCGAGAUGGGAAGCCCCGGGGCCACCGAGACAUCUCAGGUCCACCCCUUGCACUUCACAAACUCCAUGGCCGAGCUGGCCCAGAAGGCGGGCGUCGAGCUGAGGACGCACGCCAAGGUGACGAACCUCGUCGCUUCAAAAUCAGGCGUCCAAAAGGUCGAAUACUGGGACAGGCAAGCCGACGAGCAGAGGGAAGUCAACGACGUGACGGAUAUUGUCGUCACCGCUGGCCCCUGGACAGGACGCUUGCUGCCACGAUCCAAGGUCGAGGGCCUGAGAGCCCACAGUGUCGUCUACGAGGCUGAUGUGAGUCCAUUCGCCGUCUUCACCGACAUCCAGCUGCCGCCCGACUUUGUCCCGGAGCAUCGCGCCGCCAAGGGACAGAAGAGGAUGCACAAGGGGUCCGUCGAUCCCGAGAUUUACGCGCGGCCUUUCAGCGAGGUCUACGCAUGCGGCGAGCCCGACACUGCGAUCCCCUUGCCGGAGACGGCAGACGAGGUGCAGUGCGACCAAGCCCAAUGCGACGACAUCAUCUCGUACAUUGCGACAGUGAGUCCGGUCCUCGGCGCCGCGCCCAUCAAGGCCAAGCAGGCGUGCUACCUUCCGCGCCACAUGCGCUUCGGCCAGGAGAGCGGGCCCUUGCUGGGCGAGACGACUGUUCCGGGGCUGUGGGUUGCGGCCGGCCACACGUGCUGGGGCAUUCAAAACGGCCCGGCCACGGGGAAGCUCAUGUCCGAGCACCUUUUUGACGGCGCGGCGCAGAGCGCCGCUGUGGACAAGCUCGACCCGCGAAAGUUCAAGACCAUGGGCCGCGAGCUGCAGAAGAAGAAGCGGCGCUCCAUGCGCCAGCCCGUCCGGCCCAAGAAGCCAACCAAGGUGCUCAACCCGCGGGGCAACAGCAUCAUUGCGCAGAACUGGGACAAGAAGGAGACGCUGGCGCAAAACUAUCGUCGCCUGGGCCUCGUUGCGCGCCUCAAGGCUCCCACGGGCGGCAUCGAGAAGAAACUCGGCUCCGGCCCUGCCGCCGCCGCCGCGCCGUCGGAUCCCUUCGGCAUCGCCUCCGUCGACAAGGUGGUCGUCUCCGAGGCGCGCGUCGAGCGCGACGCCGCCGGCAACAUCACGCGCGUCCUCGGCCGGGACGGCCACGACAACCCGCUCAACGACCCGCUCUGCGCGCUCGAGGCCUCAGACCAUGACGACGCCGACGACGACGCCGACGACGAUGAAUGGGGCGGCAUCGCCGAGCAGGAAGAGGCCCGCGCCGCGCAGCCCAACGCCGUCGUCCGCUCGCUCAUCGCGCAGGCGCACAACCCGGCGCCCAAGCGGCCGCGCCACCUGAGCGAGGCCGAGGCCGAUUGGCUCCGCCGGCUGGUGGCCCGGCACGGCGACGACACGGCCGCCAUGGCGCGGGACCGCAGGCUCAACCCGAUGCAGCAGACGGCCGCCGACAUUGGCCGCAGGAUCGGCAGGUUGCCCCAGGCGGCGUGA